AUUAGUAUGUAGUGUGGUAAGUAGUCGGCAUAAAAUAGCCGUAUCAGUAUAAAACAGACAUUUCGUAUUUUCACCACUGUCAUUGUAAUUCGUAAACUUUGCGGAACGGUUGGAAUAUUAUUACGGGAGAAAAUUAUUUGAAUUUCAUAAGUGAACACAAUAACAGAAAUACCCAAACAGGUUAUUAUUACUGAAAUAUGGCUGACUUACCCGAUGUUCUACAACAGCUUUUCAGCUAUAUCGACUCCAACAAGGAACAGUAUAUUACUGCAUUGAAGACUGCUGUCGCUAUACAAUCCGUAUCAGCUUGGCCUGAUAAGCGCGAUGAAAUACAAACUAUGGUGCGGUCGGUUGCUGAUAAGUUGAGAAGCCUCGGUACUGAUGUUGAACUGGCUGAUAUUGGCAGUCAGCGGUUACCAAAUGGUAAAGAAAUAGCCCUUCCGAAUGUGAUAUUAGGAACUCUAGGAAAGGAUACAAAGAAGAAGACAGUUGUAGUUUACGGUCAUUUGGAUGUACAACCAGCUUUGAAAGAAGAUGGUUGGAAUACGGAGCCCUUUGAUCUAACCGAAAUCGAUGGAAAGUUGUAUGGUAGAGGUGCAAGUGAUGACAAAGGACCUGUUUUAUGCUGGUUACAUGCCAUCGAGGCAUUUCAAAAACUAAAUAUCGACUUACCUGUCAACUUGAAGUUUGUUUUCGAAGGAAUGGAAGAAAGUGGUAGUGAGGGUCUGGAUGAUCUUUUGCUAGCACGUAAAGACGAGUUUUUAUCAAAUGUGGAUUAUGUUUGCAUCUCUGAUAAUUACUGGCUCGGAAAGAAACGACCAUGUUUGACCUAUGGUCUUCGUGGCUUAGUUUAUUACACUAUUGAAAUAGAGUGUGCUGUUAAAGAUUUGCAUAGUGGCGUAUUUGGGGGUACUGUACAUGAAGCUAUGCCAGAUCUUUGUUAUCUACUCAGCAUACUUGUAGACAAGGACACCAACAUUCAAAUUCCAGGCAUUGAUAGAGAUGUGGCACCGCUGUUACAUAACGAAAAUGAAAUUUACAACAACAUAGAUUAUGAAGUUGAUGAAUACAAAAACGAUAUUGGAGCCCGUCGUCUACCUCACAAUGAGGACAAAACCAAGUUACUGAUGCACAGAUGGCGCUAUCCAAGCCUUUCCAUUCAUGGAAUAGAAGGUGCCUUUUAUGAGCAUGGCGCAAAAACUGUAAUACCAGCUAAAGUAAUCGGAAAGUUUUCCAUACGCUUGGUUCCUAAUCAAGAUCCAGAACAUAUCACUGAGUGCGUCACCAAAUACUUAAAUGCGAAAUGGCAAGAACGAGGUUCUCCAAACAAAAUGAAGGUUAACCUCGUAAGUAGUGGCAAACCUUGGACUGAAGAUCCUAACCAUCCUCAUUAUGAGGCGGCUAAAAGUGCCAUCAAACAUGUAUACAAAACGGAACCUGAUAUGACCCGUGAAGGUGGUUCUAUACCGGUGACACUAACCCUUCAAGAGGCCACUGGUAAAAAUGUUAUAUUAGUCCCAGUAGGAGCUUGUGAUGACGGAGCCCACUCUCAGAAUGAAAAAAUUGAUAUUUACAACUACAUAGAAGGAACUAAACUUCUCGGAGCUUACCUUUAUGAAGUUGGAAAAUUGAACUAAACGGUUGAAUUUAAUGAACAACAAACAUCACAGAUUUAAAAAUUAUACAGUAUAUAUUAUCAGCAUUAACACUUUAAUAAAGAAUUAAAAUUUCCCAACAGACGAA